UUUUGGGAAGCAGUUUCGAUUGGAAUGCAGUAUGGUCACUGAAGCUUUAUUAAACACCGUGCUUAAACUGUUGAUAAUGAGGUAAUAAUGACAGAAAAUUGUUGGGUGAACACCAAGUGAAGAACCUAGUUUACAUAAUAGCGAAAGUGGUAAUGGAAGUAAAAACAACUAAGAGAUUAUCCGAAUCUAAGAUUAUCUUGAUAUUAUUAGAGGUAAAAACCAAUUUUGAUUUCUUUACACGAUCAUGAUAAGUUAAUUGAUUUCUACGUCUCACCAGAAUAAGCAUUGUUCACCAUUUAGUGAUAUACUCGGCAGAUAAUUUUUUAUUUGACGAGAGAAAGUUUGGAUUUAGCUGCUUAUGGAAACGAAGCCCUACAUUAUAAUUUGAAAGUUAUGUCAACUCUUCGUACUUCAUUCUGGGAAAAUUUGCUCCGAAAAAAGACGUUGACUGCAGAUCUUAUGAAAACAGAUUUGCAAAAAUGUUUAACGUUAUCCGAUCUCACAUUUAUGGCAAUUGGUUCAAUGGUUGGUAGUGGAUUAUAUGUUCUGACCGGCACAAUAGCUCGUGACGUUGCUGGUCCAUCUGUUAUCAUUAGUUACAUUAUUGCAGCAAUAGCAUCCUGUUUAUCUGCAAUUAGCUAUGCUGAAUUUGGAGCUAGAAUUCCUAUUACCGGAUCAGCUUACCAAUUCACUUACCUGAGUAUUGGUGAAUUUUGGGCUUUUAUUAUCGGGUGGAAUGUACUGAUUGAGCAUGUUGUUUCUGGUGCUGCAGUUGCCAAAGCUUUUAGCGGGUACGUCGACGGUUUAACUAACAAUGUUGUUCGUAAAUACUUGAUCAAACAUGCGCCGAUGAUUGGAGGAGGAUUAGUGGCGAAAUAUCCAGACUUGCUUGCUGUUGCUAUUCUCAUUGUCGCAACUAUUAUCUUAGCUACAGGAGCUAAAUUAUCUAGUAAAGUAACUGCUGGAUUUGCGGGGCUGAAUUUGCUUGUCGUUGUAUUUGUCAUGGGUACUGGUUUUUAUCUUGGUGAUUUGAAAAACUGGACUGAAGUGAAAGGAGGAUUUUUUCCGUAUGAAUUCUCUGGAACAAUCGCCGGUGCGGCUACUUUGAUAUUUUCUUAUGUGGGAUACGAAGUCCUAGCUUCGGCAACGGAAGAGGCAAUAAAUCCAAACAGAGAUAUUCCGCUCUCACUCCUUAUUGCUAUGUCAACAGUUGUGCUAGCGUAUGUUGGUGCUUCGUCGGCUUUAACACUGAUGGUUCCAUACAACUUAAUAUCUGUAUUAUCACCUUUUCCUGAUGCUUAUAUUGAAUACGGAUGGAAUUGGGCACGGUAUAUCGUAGCGGUUGGUUCAAUUGCCGCUAUGUCCACUGCAAUGUUAUCAGCAAUGUACGUUGUUCCUCGGUAUUUCUUCGCCAUGUCUAGGGAUGGUUUGUUGAUGACUAUAUUCGCAAAAGUCAGUGGAACAACACAAGUUCCUAUUUUUGCGAUUGUUGUGACUGGGAUCAUGUGUAUAUUAUUUGCCGUAGUUUUUGAGUUGCAUGCCCUCGUCGAAUUCAUUUCUAUCGGGCAACUUCUUGCCUGUACUUUUGUUUCAAUAUGCGUCAUAAAGCUCAGAUACCAACCAAAUACUAUAACAAGGUUUGUAGAACUGCAUCAUUUUGGAAAUUAUGAACGGCUUGUGGAUACAGAAGAAACAAAUGAGGUUUCAUCUAAUGGAAGAGUAGUGGAAACUGAUCGGUCGCGACUGACUGAAACCUCUGUAAUAUCAGAAAUGGAAAUAGAAACGAACGAUGCCUCGUAUGCAUCUCCUAAAAGUGAAACAACAAAAUCGAACACGACAGACGAAGAUUUCUGGCUAAAUAGCGAACAUGUAGUAGGCACCGUGAAAACAGAAGUUUUAUCUAGUAGAUUUGGAUAUAUUUUCCAGCCAUUGACUAGAUAUGAAGCUGGUUCCGUUCCAAGCUAUCUACUUAUUAUUUCCACAUUCGCAGUGGCAAUUGUUGUUGCGUUCUGCCUCUUCACGCAUGAGUACAUCUCGUCAUGGUGGAGUAUUCUAAUAAUUAGCAUAUUCUCUCUAAUUGCUGUUGUCUCGCUUCUCCUACUUCUCAUAUUCAACCAAGACAAAACUAUCAAGACAUUUACGGUACCAGCAGUUCCAUUUUUACCUUUUGUUAGUGUAAUAAUCAACAUUGUUCUUAUUCUGAAACUCCAACCAAUGACGUGGAUACGACUUGGUAUUUGGUGCACAAUAGGAUUGAUCAUUUAUUUCUGUUACGGAUACAGAAACAGUGCAGAACGUAAGAAUGAAUAGAAAAAGAAGUUGUAAAACUGCCUUCUGGCAAUGCGAUGACGAUGAAAGUGCUGUUGCGACACUGUGUUCAUUAUGUUACUUUCAGCUUUUCUAUUUAAACGACUCUAUUUAACAUUGUCUCACAAAUAUUAUAAAGUAAUUAGGUAAAUAUUCAAUAUAUAUUCUUUAGUCGCAUUUUCAUGGGGCUGCAGAUAAUUAAUACUUUCAUAUUGACUAACGUGUGGCUUAUCAGGAACUGGAAAUUCCAGCUAGCCAUCCACGUGUAUUGACAAAUAUAAUUUUUCAUUUUAUCCCAAGCAGCUUUCCUUCUAGAAUAUUCAUCAACAAACUCACGAAUAAAAUUUAGUCCUUAAGAA